UAAAUACGGGUAUAGAAAGAAAACUAAUAACACGUCGGAAAACCCAUAAGACUUCCUGCGUUCGGACUUCCUGUAGCCUGCAAAGCUAAAUGUACUAUUAUUAGUUUAUUUUGAAGGAGAUUUAAUUAUGAAUACGGUUUUAUCGAGGGCGAACUCGCUGUUCGCAUUUUCUCUCAGUGUAAUGGCCGCUCUCACUUUCGGCUGCUUCAUCACAACGGCGUUCAGAGACAGAAGCGUUCCGGUGAAUAUACACGUCUCCAGAGUGUUCCUAAAAAACGUGGAUGACUUUACAGGACCAAGAGAGAGGAGUGAUUUGGGUUUUGUGACCUUUGACCUUUCUGCUGAUCUGCGGCCGAUAUUUGACUGGAACGUGAAGCAGCUCUUCCUCUAUCUAUCUGCUGAAUAUGCAACCAAAAGCAAUGUACUGAACCAGGUGGUCCUAUGGGACAAGAUCGUUCAGAGAGGACAGAACACCAGACUUGAACUGAAGGAAAUGAAGACCAAAUACUACUUCUUUGACGAUGGAAAUGGCCUGAGGGCGAACAGGAACGUGACUCUCACUCUCUCCUGGAACGUGGUGCCGAACGCCGGGAUCUUGCCGUUGGUCAUGGGCUCGGGUCACAUCUCAGUGCCGUUCCCCGAAUCGUACGAAAGCACCAAGAGCUACUGAACUGUCCUGAACCAUCUUUAUUAACGUUGCACACCGCUGUGGGUUUUAAUAAAAAACAAACAAACAAAAAAAAAAAAA